AUUUAUUAUGUUCGGAGGUGGUAUAUUUGGGAACUAAAAUACAAGCUAAUCAACUGGAGGAAUAGGAGGACUAUUAGGUAUUGUAAUAUAAGAUAUUUAAGGUUAACCAUAAUAAUCUUCAUUUGGAGCACCAUAAGGAGGAUUAUUUGGGAAUGCAGCUCCAUAAUAAAAUUUAUUUGGUUAAGGUUAAGGAACAUAAGGAUAACCAGGAUUUGGAAGUAUGUUAGGUGGUCAAAUGAUGUAAGGAGGAUUAGGUGGAGGUCUUGGAAGUGGACUUGGUGGAGGACUUGGAGGAGGACUUGGACUUUAAUAAUAAUAAACUCAAAGUACAUUUGGAACAACAGGAGGAAUAGGUUAACCUCCAGUAUUAGGAUAAUAGGCUCCAACUUUUGGAGGUUUAGGUGGAGGAUUAGGAACAGGAUUAACUGGAGGUAUUGGAGGUGGAUUUGGAUAAUAAACAGGAUUAAUGGGUUAAUAACCAUAAACAGGAAGUUUGUUUGGAUAACCAACUUAAACUGGAGGACUUUUUGGAUAAUAAUAAUAACAACCAACUUUAUUUGGUUAAUAAUAAUAACCAUAAUAAGCAACUACAGGUUUAUUUAGUAAUACGGCAGCUGCUGCUUAACCAUUUGGAUAAUAAUCAGGGGGUUUAUUUGGAUAAACACCAUAAUAACCAUAAUAAACUGGAUUUGGAUUUGGAUAAUAAUAAACAGCAACUCCAGGAUUUGGAGGAACAACUCUUUUUGGUUAAUAGUAACCUUAAUAAUAAGUAUAAACUGGUUUAGGAUUUGGAGGAGGAUUAGGAUAAUAAACAUAAACAGGAAAUCAAAUAGUUUUACCUGGAGGUGUUGAUGAUUCAGUAAAUGAUGCAACUUUAGAAUAGAGAAUUAGAUUAGAAGAUUCAGUAUCAGCUAUAUGUUGGGGAACAACAAUCCCAAAUUAUUUAGCGAUAUCUUCUUGGGAUGGAAAAGUUCGAAUUUUAGAGAUUUAACAAAAUUCAUAUAAAAGAGAGCUUUUUGAGAGAAGAUGUUUUUAAGUUGAUGGAGCUAUAGGAUAAGUUUAAAAUCCAAUAAUUUGUAUGGAUGCUAAAGGAGAUUUAUCUUAAAUAUUUAUUGGAUGUGGAUUUGAUCAUACAGUUAGAGUAAUUGAUGUAAAUUCUGGUUAAAUAGUUCCAAUAGGUUAACAUUAAGCUUUAAUAAUAUCUGUAUAUUGGAUAGAAUCAGCAUAAAUGAUAUUAUCUAUUUCUGCUGAUUAAUCUUUAAAAAUGUGGGAUGUAAGAGCUCCUGGAUAACCAAGAUUUUAAUGUUAAUUCUAACAUAAACCACUUAUUUCUGAUUGCAAUUUUCCAUUAUUAGUAAUAGGAUUUGCAACUGAGAAAUUAACAAUUAUUAAUUUAAAUGAAAUUUAAUAAUUACCAGGAAGAUUUUAAUAUAUUGAUUCACCUCUUGGUACCUAUUCAUAAUUAACCUCUAUUGCUAUAUUUCCAGCAAGAGAUGGAUUUACAUUAGGUUCUAUUGAUGGAAGAGGACAUUAAACUAAUAUUACAACUAAAUCUACAUAAGGUAUGCCUACUGAAUUUUCAUUAAAGUCUAUUAUGACAUUUAAAGCUCAUAAAGUAAUUAUUUUAUUUUAUAUUUUAUAGGUUGAAGACAAUCAAAAAGGAAAAAUUUAAAACUAUUUCUUUCCUGUUAAUUGUAUAUAAAUGAAUGUUAAAAAUAACUUCUUUCUUAUGACUGCUGGAGGAGAAGGUUAAAUGAUAUUUUGGGAUAUUAAUGUAAGAAAUAAAAUUAGAACAUUCUAAUUUAAUUGUAAUCCUAUUGUUUGUGCAAAAAUGAGUCCUGAUGGUUCCAUGUUGGCAUAUGCUUUAGGAAAUGAUUUUUCUAAAGGACCUGAAUACUUCAAUGAAUUCUAACCUAAAAUUUUUGUUCAUUUCAUUCCAGAUAAUGAAUUAAGAUACCCUAAAAAUUGA